AUUUGCCACUUCAUUCCAUAUAUUGUAUUUGAAAAAUAGAUAAAGUGUGUAUACAGAUACAUACGAAGCCAUAUAGAGUGCAGGAAAUACUCGGCACGAACUAUUGGCUCUAUCAUGUUUACACUUGAAGAAGUCGAGGAGAAGAUCCAGUCGCUUUCAAGCAGUCCGGGUGUUGUUGGAGUGGCAGUAUUCAGAUGCAACGACGGUGCGCUUAUAUCGAGCUCUUUCGACACGGAACGUCUUCCGCAUUUUGUUGAGAUGGGCCAGAACCUACUGCGACAAGGUGAUGCCAUGAGUCAGCAGCUACAAGAUCCUCUGACUUAUAUAAGGUUGCGCAUGAAAAGUACCGAGUUGCUCGUGUCAAAAGACGGCGAUCAUGGAUUCUUACUUGUGAGGAGUAUAGAGUAGUAGGCACAGCUCGCACUGGAAAAUAAUCCGAAGUAGAUACGAAUUCUGUUCGUAUACGAGGAUCGGACUUAUUGUGCUGUCUUCUUGAAGUCGAUUCGAGACACAUUGACCUCGCCGUCUGGUUGCAGAGAGUAUACGAAAAGCACCACACUAGUGCCUUGAACAUCCAUCAGCACGAAUGAUGGAGUCACCUCUCUGGAAGAGUGGAUAGACAGAUGGUUGUAUUCAGUAAUGCGGGUCGAUAAUUGUAACUCUGUCAGCUCUCCUGGGCAUCAGAACUCAGUGGAUAAUAAACUGUACCGAUCUCGAUCUGAUGGUAUAUAACGGGA